AUGCUUAAAUAGAGUAGAUCAAAGGAACAAUCUCUUGGUAAAUUGAUGAAGAUAUACGUUGCGUAAAUGCUUCUCAAUUCGGGUGUCAGCAGUUGCCAAGAACAAGGAAUCAAUCUUCUGGCUGAAUUCCUGAUAAAGAUGAUACGCAAAGUGGGUUCCAAUUCCAGGAGAUUGUAUGAAUUGCAAGGCAGAUAAGAAGGAGACAUCUUUCAUGUUUUAAUGGCACUCGACCAAUUGAGCGUAACUUGUACAUCCUUGUUGCAACAUUUCAAAAGAAAUAGCAAUAAUAGUGACUUAUCUCUCAACAGACUGCUUACCUAAGUCAUGGAAUCAAUUUACAAAGAGAAGUACAACUCAUAGGAAAUCGACGAGCAAAACAAUUUAAGGCAAAGAUGCCAAUUGUCAAUCCAAUCCUUGAAUCAACCAUCCACUAACACUUGCUCCUUAAAUACAUUAUUAUACGCCCCUGUCAUCUUUAAGAAUGAAAAGGUCUAGAAGUAAAGGAAGGAAUUGACUGAGAAGCAAGUGAAAGAGGAAAAGAGGAAAUAUCAAUAUCAAUUCGACGAGGAUCAAUUCUCUAAGCAGUUGGGAAAGAACAAACAAAAAGAGCGCAAACAAGAACUUGACUUAAAUCCAUACAAUGCUCCUCUCAAAAGGAAACAAGCUAUUAAGGCCUUAGAUUAAAUGUUAUGAAUAUGUCUAAAUAAACAUCACUCAAACAAAGCAUGUUUCGACCAAAA